AUGUUGUUGGUAAGUGCUGCGUUGAGGAAACGGCCUUCCAGGCACUUAGAUUUUAGUUCCUUCGUCUUUGGAUCAGCUGUUUCCAUUCAUUUGCCCUCGUGUGAUAGAAAUAACGACAUACCUAGUAGCCGAUACACCCGUUUGCUAUGCAGGAUGUCUGUAUACACCGCUAACGCAAGCUACAGCAGAACGCCGACACCAAGCUAUCAAUUUACCUUACUGUAUUCACAUGAAGCGACCCCCUCCGUCCGCGGGCCUGCGCUUUCACUGCCACAGCGACGAGCGGUGACACUUUUUGUGAAGUGGAAUCCAGGUGUAAACUGCAAUGCUCUGGUUGUUGGGAAGACCUACUGUCUGUUUGCAGGCAAUACCGGGCCCAGUGCUUCUGCAAACCCAACCUCAUCUCCCCAAGUUCCAACAACAAUCUCGAAGCCAACUCCGAUGACAGCAUCAAAGCCGUCGACAGCUACUCCUCCUGUGAUGACAACUCCUGCAUCUCGUCCUGGGGCCAGACCAUCAUUGAUCAAUACAGGACUUUCACUCUCGACCAGUUUUACACCUGGAAUCCUACCGUUGGUAAGAAUUGCGCCCCAGCCAAACGUCAACCCGAAGUGUGAUAAAUGGUAUCAAGUGGUUUCUGGUGACUACUGUCAAAAAAUAUCCUACGAGUUCCACAUCCCUCCAGAUAUUCUGCGGGUAACGCCUGUCCUGGCCUCCGGGCAGGGUAUUAUGUCUGUGUUGGAUCUGCCUAACUGGGCAGUCCUUUGGGAAGGUUUGGGGUGGUUAGCGGAGAUGAAGGUAGUUGAAGUUGAAGUUGAAGUUGAAGUUGUAGAUAAUUUAAAGAUAUCAUACGAGAUUACCCGUGACUUCACUAAAUAA